ACUGGAAGUAUUUCUACAAAAACAGAACUGCGGAGGCAUAUAUGCAUACAGUUGGAGUUGAGAAAAUGCAUAUAUCAAUUGUUGUAAUUUUACUUGUUGUUAUUGUUACCAAACAUUCUAAUGGAUACAGAAACUAUGUGAUUAGGCAAAUGGAACAGAACCUUAAUGAUCUGAAGAAAAUGAAAUGGUGUGAAGGAAAUGUACAAGCUAAAACAGGAGUUACAUACGUUAGAUGGGGGAGAAAUACUUGCGCAGGGGAUGCAACACUUGUGUAUAAUGGUUUUAUGGCUGGAAAACAUUUUGCGAGUGGCGGAGAUGGUGCUAAUAUUCUAUGUCUCCCAAAAGAUCCCGAAUGGAAAAGGUAUGCUAACGGUUUGAACCAUUUAACUUCCAGAAUUUUUGGACUAGAAAUGGACAUUUUACACAACAACCAGGCAUUUGGAAGUUCGUCGAAUGCAAAAAAUAUGCCAUGCGCUGUUUGCAAAACAUCCGGGAGAUCAGCUGUCCUCAUGGUUCCGGGACGAAUGACUUGUCACAGCGGCUGGCACAAAGAAUUUUCAGGAUAUUUAGUAGCACAGGCAAGUCAAACGGGACGAACUGCAACUGAGUAUAUUUGUGCAGAUGAAAAUUUGGAAUCAGUUCCCGGUGGAGAUAGAGAUGAUAACGAGGCUGUUUUGUACCCAGUUGAAGUUGGGGGCUGCGCUACUUUGAAAUGUCCUCCUUACAAAAAAGGGCGAGAGUUGACAUGUGCCGUCUGCUCACAGUAGACUAGAAAUAAUAUUGAAUAAAGUAUUUAUUAAGCAGAA